ACAGGAGUACGUCCUGAACGAGAACGGCAUCAUCUUCGUGGGCAAUGCCAGGUACAUCGAGGCCAGAGGAUGGUUCUACGGGCAGUUUCAAGACCACCUCCUGAACAUCUGUCUGACCAUGCUGGACCUGAGCCUGUACUACCGCCAGAGCCCAGCCAGCGACGUGUCCCGAAGGGGAGAUCCCAAAUAUGUGGGCAGAGUGAUCAGCUCCAUGAUCAAUGGCAACGACAAUGACAACGGAGUCCUCCUGGGAAAGUGGCAAGGAAGCUUCCACUCCCACGAGAACCCCUCCAGGUGGGAUGGCAGCGUGGCCAUCCUCCAGAAGUGGCGGCAGGACAACUACAGACCCGUGCAGUAUGGCCAGUGCUGGGUUUUCGCUGGCGUCAUGUGCACAGUUCUGAGGUGCUUGGGGAUUCCAACUCGGCUGGUGUCAAACUUCAACUCUGCCCAUGACGUGGACAGGAACCUGAGCAUUGACAAGUACUACGACAGCUCUGGAAGGAGUCUCAACAUCAGCAAGGACUCCACAUGGGAUUACCACGUCUGGAACGAGAGCUGGUUCCUGCGCCCAGACCUGGGAGCAGCCUACAACGGGUGGCAGGUCCUGGAUGCGACUCCACAGGAGCAAAGCAGAGGACUGUUUCAGUGUGGACCUGCAUCUGUGGUAGCCAUCAAGGAAGGGGAUGUAGACCUGGACUAUGACACUCUGUUUGUGUACACCGAGGUGAACGCUGACUGCAACAGGUGGAUCGUGUACAACGAUGGCACCAAGAAGAGGGUUUACUGUGACACUGAAAUCAUUGGCAGAUCCAUCAGCACCAAAGCUGUAGGCAGCAAUUCCCGGGUGGACAUCACCUACAAUUACAAAUAUCCAGAAGGUACUGCUGAGGAAAGACAAGUUUAUAAAAAGGCCCUGGCCAAGAUCUUUGGGUCCAGCAUCACAGAAGGACGCACAGAAUCUCCCUCGGAGGCGAUCAGAAACCCUGGGAUCUCAGGGAGGUUCAAGCUGGCUGAGCCUCCACUGUUUGGCAAAGACAUUAACCUCAUCUUAGUUCUCAGUAACCUCUCUGCCAACCACAAGACUGUGAAGGUGGACAUGAGUGCAUCGACCAUCCUGUACACACGGAGGACAGUGGCAGAGAUCCUGAAGGCAACCACCUCUGUGGAUCUUGGUUCUAAGCAAGGGAAACACAUCCGGAUAAAGAUUCCUUACUCCUACUACGGGAAGUAUCUGACCACCGACAAGAGGAUCCAGGUGACUGCCCUCUGCGAGGUCAUGCGCACGAACGGGGCAAAGCUGCUGGUAGAGAAGACGAUCAUUUUAGAGGACACAAACAUCAUCAUUAAGAUCCCCCGGAGGGUCGUAGUGAACAAAGCUGCUACCCUGGAGAUCUCCUACGCCAACCCCCUCCCGGAGCCCGUGGACCGCUGCGUGCUGCUGGUGACCCUGAUGAACCAACAGGUCAAGAUCCGCCUGGCACGACUGGCACCGAGGGAGAGAUCCAAAAUCUACUUUGAGUUCACACCUCGCAGGCCUGGGCCCCUGCAGCUGCAAGUGGACUUCUCCUGUGACAAAUUCUCACACGUGAAGGGAUUUGUGACCAUUGCAGUAGCACCAGCAUGAGGUGCUGGGGUCAGCCUCCUCUUCCAGCACACCUGGGAAGAGAUUGUCCUCCCCGGAGGAGCAGGAGCUGCAGCAAGGACCUCCCCACACAGAUGGGCGAGCCUCACACUGCACUGAACCAGCUCUCCUGCUCCCACACGGCCUGGGUGUUCAGUCUAACUCUGCUCCCGUUCCCCCUUCUUGUCUAGGAAACCAAAGCCUCUUCCUUGUAGCAACAGUUUCAGUUUUUCCCAUCUCACUGUCUUAAGCUCCCAGAUUUGACUUUUAAAUCAGACUAAGUCUCCUUUUGACCACCUUUUAACUUUCAGCAACAAAUAAAACCUCUC